AUGGCCGACUCCAACGAAUCCCAGCCGAUCGUCCGGGCCACCAAGCCCGUCAGUGAGGCAUUGCUCAAUGAGAAGUGGGAUCGCGCCAUCUCCUCCAUGAUCAUUCGCUCCUCCCUCGGUCUCGGUUUCGGUGUUGUUUUCUCAGUGCUCCUCUUCAAGCGGAGGGCUUGGCCCGCUUGGGUUGGUCUGGGCUUCGGUGCUGGACGUGCUUGGGAAGAGGCCGACUCUUCAUUCCGUCGUGGCGACUCGCCCGUUAGAGACGCACUGCGUCGGUAG